AUGAAAUGUGGUAGGAAAGAACCAAAACACAGCAAAAAGAAGAAUAUCACAAGGGACGAGGACUCGGGCGGCAAGACGGGACUACCAGAGGACAGAACUCCAAGCGAGCCUGUUGAUGGGGAACACGACGAACAAGGCCCCGAUGCUCUGGAGGAACGUUGGCCGAACUUAUGUGCACCGCCGUCAUAUGAAAGUCGGGAUGUGAGAGUUCAAGAACAAGGUGGACUUCAAGCUGGGGAGCGCUUCCGGAAGCAAUGGUUCGAUACGCACACGCCCUCGCUUCGAGCGCUGCAGAUAAUCUCAAUUGAUCGUUCUGUUGAGGCUGCUUUAGCCUACGUAGUAAACCAGAAGCCUACCGGCGCAGUUUCGAACCCCGGGAACUAUUAUUCUCACCUUGACCAAAUAGCUGGCAACACGUCGCAAGAGUAUUCAAGGGUGACACCUACCAUAUUUCUACUGUGCUUGCUUGGCUUUCGCUCGAAUCUGUGCCUUACUCACCAUAUACAAGCUUCAGCGGACGUAGAAAAUGACAAUAGGCUAGGAUUCCUCGUCCUCUUGUAG